GGUUGGUGGUGAGUGCAUAGUGGGAGUGAUUAGGCGUUGGAAAGACGGGGGAGAGAUGUCCCGGCGCAUGCACGCAGCCGCGAGCGCAUGAAUAUCAUCUCCACUGUGCCACUUCGGAAGUAGGUCACCCACCGCACGCCGAUUUGUUCGCCGCGUUUCCUGCUUCUCGCUCCGCCGAUCGACACGAGAAGCGUACCGAAUCUAAACCAGCAGCGACGAAAAUCGGAUUAUUAUUGCGUGCGCGUGCGUGUGUGUGUGUGUGUGUGUGUGCGCGCGUGUGUACGCGUGUAUUUGUGUACGUGUGUUUGUGUGCGUGUUGUUGCGCACGCGUGCGUGUGUGUGCGUGCGCGUGCGCAGGGUCUAGUUGGCAAUCGCGACGGGACACGGAAGCUAGACGAUGAACCGCGGCGGUGAUUGCAGGCAGAGAUGAUCGCAUCGGAGCUUCUCUAAAAACACUCGCCCGUGAUUCGUAGCUGCGUGCGCGGACUCUUUCGAGCCUCCGUGAUGGAUUGAUCGACGAUCUGCCUCUUUUGCGCUCGCCUUUUUCUCCCCCCACCUCUCAUCUCAGCACUCCUGCCCCGGCAUGCUGUCACACUGACCGCGGCCAAAGAGCGAGCGUGUGGCCCCACUUGACGUUCCACGAUGAUUGGUGCUGACGAGCCACUCUGAGUUCCAGCCGCCGUCGUAGAAUCCCGUUGAUGAAGACGUGGGGCGCACUUUCCGCUCCAGGACGAGAUCAUGGUGAAAGCUCAGAGAUGCCAGCCAGCGAAAGAUGGGAAGCUAGGCAAAGAAAAGGGAGGCGGGCUGAGAAAAGGUAAAGAUGGAACAAAGGAACUGAGGAAAAAGAAGCAGAAGAAGAAAGAGUCACAGGCAUUUCGGAAGAAGACUUUGGCGGGUCAAGUUCAAGAUGCACUGGAUUGUUGUGUUCUGCUCACACGUCUGGAGGAGAAAUGUGCCGCGGGUAAGUCGAAGGAUGCGCAGAAAACCUGCAAGCAACCAAGUGUUAAGACCAGUAAGAAACCGCAGUCUUCUCAAAACCGGACCAAAACUCACAAGUCUCAUAAAACGUUCAAGAAAUCUACUUGUCAACAAGCACUGGAACCAAAAAGUAGCAAAUCUGACACCUUACUGAUGUGGCCCCCGCUUGUUCCGGAGCCUCGCAGGAGAAGAAUGGCUUCUCUCAACGCGGAGGCUGUCAACAGCCUGCUGCUCUACAGGGCCGAUCCCUCGGCAUCCAGUCUCAUUAAGAAAGAGCAGUCUUUGAAUCAAGCGCCGUCUAAAGGUGAAUGCAGACCCCAUAAAUCCAAAAAGGUUCUUCGGGGAGGGAAAACAGACCUGAAAGAAAGUCGUAAAAAACAAAAACGGCCCACGGCGGAGGCGCCGCCGCCGGUCGACUGGUUGACUUUGUUCGCCCCGACGCCUCGGCGACAGGCGGGCCUCACUGCCGCUACGCUGCUCAAACUCACCGGUUCCCUCUAUGGAAACAAGCGGCAAAAGAAGCAAGAGGCCAAGCCUGCCGGCGAAAGUAAAGCGAAGGCUUUAACUCAGGUUGAGAUUAGUGGUAAACCUUUAAGUGGAGCAACACUGCAGACCAAAAGAAGAACAAAUCCAAAACACAAUAAGCAGCUAAAGCACAUUAAACAGGGUAAAGAGGAUCCAGGCUUUCCGGCCCAGGGAUUCUGUAGUCUUUGUAAGACGGAAGCUGUGGAUCCCGAGUGGAAGUCUAGUGGACAGGAUUGUUUAAAAACCCCGCUCCACUGUGGCUCGGCACUCGGAUUCUCCUUAAAAUCAAUCAAAGAGGAGCAAGAGGAGACGGAUGUCUCCUCCUGCUACUGCUGCAGCCAGGAGAGAUGUGUGGAGUACUGUCACAGACUGGCCCUCUUCCUCAAGGACAAGGCCGUCAAGGAACCCGACGACGAAGGUUCACUCUCCGAGGUGUUCCACCACCAUCAUCACCACCACCACCAUCACCACCUCCACCACCCGGCAGCCAUAACCAUCACGCCGCACGCGUACGCCUGCUUCCCCAGCUACUGCGUCCACUUCAGCCACCCGGACACCUCGCCGUCCUCCAUGACGCCCCUCGCUCUGUGUCCAAAAAGCAGCAAGAGACCCAAACUGCUGCCCAGAUCUGGCCCGCAGCCCUCAGGGAUUUCCCAUCCAGUCUACUGCUGCACCUCUGUGGAAGCGUGCUACGGAGAGCCCUGCAGGAUCAACAGCUAUUCCACCUACAGCAGUGUGAUUCCGGCCAUUUCCAGAGAUUGCGCCAAAUGCACCCGUGGCAUCAACAGAGAUGACUACUCAUCAACCCUCAAAGACCACCACAGCCCGUCCUCCGUCCCUAUCUGUCCCAGCCCAAGAAUCCUCACUGGCUGUCCCAUUCCCGCAGUGCCUCCAGCCAGCCAAUCAGUGCCCCUUGUUCAGACGCCUCUGUCGGACCCCAGCCAACCGCAGCCCCCGCUGCAAGUGGCCAAGGAGUGUCCGCAGAGCGCCAAGCCUCCCAGCGGGUCUCGGUCUGGCGCCCGCAGCACGGGAAGCAUCGGCUCGCUUGUGUUCCCGCUCAAAAAGGAAAAGACGCAGAAGUUGGGCUCUGCCGGAGCCAGAGGGCAAGCUCAUGCCAAGCAGCCCAAGAGCGGACGUCAAAAAAGCACCAACGGCUGGCGCCCCGUCGGCCUCCCCUUUGAAAAAGAAGUUUUCUCUUUGGGAGAGGAAGCUGUGGUGCCGAGGAAGUGUUUCCAGGGAGUCGAACGGGACGGAGAGCUGAUCCGGGUCAGGGACACGGUUCUGCUGAAGUCCGGGCCGAGGAAAAAGUCUCUUCCUUAUGUGGCAAAGAUCUCAGCACUGUGGGAGGAGCCCGAGACAGGAGAGUUGAUGAUGAGUUUGUUUUGGUACUACCGUCCAGAACACACACAAGGAGGACGCAACCUUAAUGUACAUUGUCAGAAUGAAAUCUUUGCGUCCCGUCACCAAGAUGUGAACAGCGUGGCCUGUAUUGAAGAUAAAUGCUAUGUCCUGACACUGGCACAGUAUUGCCGAUUUUGUGCCUUGGUAAAACGGCGCGGGGAGGGCGUACCCAACAGCGCCGCCUCCCUCCUCGUCCCCGCUGCCGUCGGCCACGCCGCUCCCAGCCACCGCUGCGUGCCAGACGACGUGGAUCCAGAGCUCGUCUUUUUCUGUCGCCACGUCUACGACUUUCGCUACGGGCGCCUCCUCAAGAACCUACAGUAGCGGCUGACAAGCAACGGAACAGCACAGGGACUUGAGAUAAGGUGGUUUCAUCCGCCUCGACUUAAAUGAGCUCUCAGCCCCGCUGCCUGCGAAAGGGAGGGCGUGGACGUUUGAGGAUGAAGGAACGUGAGAUUACUUUCUCUUAGAAAUUUCACAAUACGAUACGACACACACCAGUGAAGUAAACGUUAAGGUCUGACGCGUUGCAUUGAAGCGAUAAUGGCUGUCCAAAUGAGUUUAAUCAUACACUGCUUCCUGUUUUGAGUGCGCUCUGUGUAGAAUGUUCUCCUGCAGGUCUUAGAAAUGUGCCAUUUGAUGGAUUUGAAGGAGCUUAUACGCGACUAAUGGAAGUAUCUGCCUAUCACUCCCGCACAGGCGCAACAUCAGAGGCCUUUACUUCCAUCAUUGCUUACCGUGAAUGUAGGACUUUCCCUUCAUGCAAUGAUUCAGAGAUCACACUUAAAGAUGGAUGGAGAGAGGAUUGCUGCCAUUCAAAUAUAUCUCUGUCAUCAUCGAUAAGAAGUUAAAAAUGUGCGCAGUGUCACAUCUUUAUUUUGAAAAAUAGAAGGAAAAAAAGACAAAAUUAGACAAUUAUUUUCCUUAAAACACAUAAUGACAUAUUUCUUACUUAGUGCUUGGUGUACAUAUCUGGCAGCCAAUGGAGAAACUCAGAGAAAGUAUGAAUGAUGUAACUAAACCUAAAAUUUGAACAAUGCAUGAAAAAGGUCUUAUUAUUUAGUUGCUGACCCGUGCGGUGUUAGUAGGUUGUUAAAAAUUCCCAAUUGUCUAAAAGUGGGCUUUCAGGGUUGUCGUAGCACAGAUACCAAAUGCUAACGUAGCUUAGCUUUUAAAACAAAAAACAAAACAAAAAAAAAACAAAUCAGGAGCAAGAAAAAUAUCUGUUUCAUACAAAAUUGUCUGAAAUUGGAUUUCUCGGGUUUUCUUGGUCGAUAUGCUAACUUAGCUUAGCACCUGAAACAAACCAAGUCAUAUAUACUUAACACACAAAAUAACAGCUAUAAAACAGAUUUCAUUACUUUGUUUUUGGCGACCAACGGGGAUUCUCGGAAAAAAAAUAUCAAUACACAGGGUUCUCGCAGCAACCAAAUGCUAGCUUAGCACUGGAGAAAAAUAAAAAAGACCAAAACACAUUUUUAACACUAAAUGAUCAGAAAGUGGACUUGCAGGGUGUUUACAGUAAACAUGCUAACUUAGCAAUACAUGCUUGAACCAAAUCUAACAGCAUAGUGAUCAACUCUACGCAAUUGCAAAUUAUUUCCUUAAAACACAACACAGAAAAUAUUCAAGAACAGAAUUCUGACUUUGUAUUUGGCAGACACAUCAGGUGGCCAAUGGAGGUGCUCGGUAAAAACACAACACAACAAAUCGUCGAUCAAUCCGAAAGUGGACUAACUGAAAUUUUAAUGCAGACUAGCUCCUAAAAAUACAGCAUACAUUAAUGAACGGAUUUAGACUUGGUGUUCAGUGGACACAUCUCGGGCUAAGAGCAAACAAUGUUUUAAAUGAGCUGUAUUUAAUGAGUGCAUGUUAAUAAAUUACACUUUAAAUGGUUGCGCUAUGCUCAAAUCAUCAAUAAAUGUGGCGUUCUAAUGAUAAUACUGUGAUGAUACAUUUCUUCACCUCCGCUUUUAAAACUGAAACUCUUCUUAAAAUGGCAAGUUGAUGACCUUCCUCCGAUAAAAAAAAUAUGUAAUAAGGUAAAUAUUUCGGGACCAAACAAAUGCAAGACAAAUGGAUAUAAUAGUGGCUUGAUUUUGUGGUUUGUGGACACAACCUGUGGCAAAUUGAGAUACUUGACUGAUACUAUGACCGAAUAAAUUACUAAAUGUUUUUAUUGAAAAAGGCAAACCCAGUAGAACGUGUACUGACAGGGUUAUAUUCAAACAGUGAUGAUAUGUUAACUUAGCUUCACAUCCGGAACUGAAAUUCAACUUCAAAUGGCUGAAUAAUGGUGGACCUGAAAAAUAUUUUCUUUCAGAAUUUGUGAGCACAAGGAGCAAAGACCAGAUUUACGACUAAUGUAGAUUCUCGCUGAAAUGAUAGCAAAUUUGAAUGAAUUUACAGAGUUGUGGUGGCACAGCAACAAUACACGAACUUGGAUUUGCAUCAAAAACAGAAACCAGGCUCAACAACAGCCCAACAGUACUUUCAAAGAAGCCAUUGAUUAUUAUAUAAAUGUAAGUGUUUUCAUGUGCUGGUAGUUGCCCCAAAAAUCUUUGUUAAAUAAAUAAAUAAAGAUUUCAUGUCACAUUUACACAUUAAGUGACCUCAGAAGAAAUUUUCCACGCACUCGUACACUCAACAAUUUUAUUUUAUUUUUUAAAAGAGUCCUAAGUUUAUUUGCUGUAAUGGGAAAAGCAAACGUAGCUUGUGAAAAGGCAGACUGUGUAUUUGCAUCUUAUCUGGGUUGACGCCCGACUGCAGAUGGUGUUAGUUCAACACUAGGUACAGUAUACUCUUAUUCUCCACGCGCUGAGUCGACAUGUAGACGCUUGCUAGUGUUUGGCUGACAUGAUGGAUGAUGUGUUCCUCGGCGUUUGAGCGAAGAUAACCUAUUUAUUUAUUACAGAGAGAGAAUAAAAGUCAAAUUAAUUUUCUAAAUGUCAUUUUAAAAGAAGACUUUUUUUUAAGACGAGAAGAAAUCUCAAGUCGCAUCCCCUUUUUAGCUCCACUGUCCCAGACACAUUUUCGAUAUGUACACUAACAAAUUUGGUAUCCUCAGUUUUGGGAAAUUUCAGCAUGAACCUAAAAUGACGUUUCCAGGUGAACUCAGUUUGACCUUUUUUAAUCUUAGGAACGUGUUCAGCACUUUUUGAAUAACUUGUUCUUGAACAAAAAGCUGAAUGACAAAAUAUGAGGGCAGAUGCUCAAUCAAUUAAAUGACCAAUAUGUUUUUUAUGUUUGUUUGUUUGUUUUUUAAUGCCUUUCUGUGACUCUUCCAUUCUCUCUGUGGCAACUUGCUCAUGGCGCAAUCCAUGAGCGGAACAAUACAUACCCAGUCCUUUGUGAGGCUCUGAACAAGACACUACAGUGGUGCCUUGGAAUACAAGAUACAUUUGUGCCAUGACCACGCUUGUAAUUCAAAACACUCAUCUCAAAUUAUUUUUCCCAUUGAGAUGAAUGGAAAUGACUUGUUCCAGCCCCCCCUCCCCCCUCCGACCCCCUCGGAACCCCUCCAAAAUAAAAGCUAUAUUUUUGUAAUGUGUAUUUUGUUAGAAAAUCCGCGCGAUUUUGUGACCCCUCCCCCACGUUCUUUUGUUUAAUUAUUAACAUUAAAUUGUAGAUCUGGGAGAUGCAUGCUUUUUAUUGGGUGGAUAUGAAGCACCCUUUGAAAUAUUAUUGAAUCCUUUCUCACAAAAAAAUCGUAGCAAAGGGCAAGCAUUUAUGGCAGUCGUGUGUGUGUGUGUGUGUGUGUGUGCGUGCAUGCAUGCAUGCGUAUGUAUGUAUAUAUAUGUGUGUAUACAUACAGUGUGUAUAUAUAUAUAUAUAUAUACACAUAUACACACACACACAACAUAUUAUACAUUAUUUUAAAAUUGAAAAUCAGUUGUCUAAAUGUUGGGGUUUUUUUUAUUAAUCAACCCAUUACAGAAAAUAAUUUUCCCAACCUCUUUUUUUUUUUCAAAAUUAAGUGUAUAAUACAAAUAUGAUGUUUGUUUGUUUGUUUUUUUUGUACAAGAAUGCAACUUCUUAUCAUUUAUUUUAACGGCCUGCACAAAGCUUGUUUCGAUGUUUAGGAAAGUGGCACAUAUUUUGGAUAUGAUACAGCGCUUAACUUUUUGUAUAAUUUCCUACUAAAUUCCAAUGAGAACAUUUGAUUGAUGUGAUUUGAUAUGAAUGAAUAGUAAUGGAUGGAUGAAGUACGACCGCUUUGCUAAAACGCCAUUAAAUUAAGGAAAAUCCCACUCAGUGUUCUUACAGUACAGUAGAGUGCAGCAUACAUGCAGUAUGGCCUUAGAAGUCGCUCAGCUCUCCUGAUGAAUCAACGUGUGAUACUAGAUGUCUUAAUUGGUCCUCUGUGCCUGUUCCUGUCAACCCCUAUUUAAUUACAAAAAACAUAAAGUAUAUGUACAUGUAUACUGUAUAUAUACACAUACAGUAUAUUCAGAGUGUUUUUUUCCAAGAAGAGAAAUGUGAGCAGUUAGUUUAUUUUUGAUGUAACUUCCAAAUGCCUUCUCUGUCAUAUAAGUCAGAUGACACUGGUCUCAUGUUUAAUUGCACCAAAAAAAGAGAGACAAAAGGGAGACAAGAGUUUCCCAUAUGGAAAAGAAGAAUUUAUGAAGAUCAUUCCUCUGGGUGUAGAAGAACGUUCAAAAUCAAAUUGCGACAUUGUUUCUGAUGUGAGCUGUUUUAUGUUUGUGUUCUCUUGCAUGGCAUUUUGGAAGUAUCUUGGAAAUAUUAAUCACAGCACAGUUUAUUUGUAUUGAUUGAAAUGGACCUCUGUAAUAUAAGACAAAUAUUUAAUUGUAAUAAAUAAUAUAUGAGCUCAAA